AUGGCGAAUACAAUCCAAGAGAUGCUGGGGGCAACGCCCUCUCAGCAACCCAUCCAGUACAUGGAGACUGUAGAUGCAUAUAACAAAUGGGCCGAAGUAUACGACACAGACGGCAACUUCCUCCAAGGCCUCGACACUAUUGAAAUGCGCAGUCUACUGCCCUUUUUCCUAGCAAAAGUCACAAAUGCCCAACAGCCUGUUAGAAUAAUCGACCUCGGUUGUGGAACGGGUCGAAAUACCGUCCCGUUACUCUCGAUGACAUCGUCAGAUACCAAGAUUAUAGGGCUGGAUGCAUCACCGGGUAUGCUGGAAGUUGCGCGUGGAGCACUGGAUAGAGCCAGAAACGGAGAUAGCGAUUCUCGGAUCACGCUGGGGAUUCUUGACCUACGACAGUCCCCUCCUGUGCCACCGGAGUGUGCGCUAGAUGCAGCAGGGGUCAUCUCAACGUUGGUACUAGAGCAUAUCCCGCUCAAGGAGUUCUUUGAUGGUGCUUCGGCGGUGUUGCGUGCUGGGGGUCUGUUGCUUGUUACCAACAUGCACUCGGAUAUGGGGAUGAUAAGCCAGGCGGGUUUCGUGGAUGUUGCGUCUGGGACUAAGAUUCGACCGACGAGUUACUGUCACCGGCCGGGGGAUGUGGUGGAUGCAGCAGAGAAGGCAGGGUUCCAGGUGGAGGGGUUUGAGGAGGGUGAGAAAAUUCGAGAGAGAAUGGUGGAUGAGGGGCUUGUGGAGGUGUUGGGCAAGAGGGCGAGGAAGUGGGUUGGGAUCAAGGUGUGGUUUGCCAUUUGCUUUAGGAAGAAAGCAUGA